AUGAAGACUCGGGCCAAGAAGACAGCUACGUCUAAAGCGCCGCCUCAGUCACAAGAAAGCAAGGCAGAAUCUACCAGCAAGCACACGCUUUCGGCCGCCGAGCAGAACCCGCCUACAGCAUUUAUCCUAACAGAAAGUACAUCGGCAGAUGGCCUGUCUCGCUUCGUCACUCUUCCACACCCGGCCGCUGGCAGAUCGCAUCGAUACUAUGUCGACCCCAAGCAAGGGUGCUAUGAGCUCACGAAGGUGUCAGUCCCGAAAAAGGCAUGCAGAAGUAUGCUCUUGACUCCAGACUUCCAGGAUGAUGCCAUUGGUGCCGGAGAUGGAGAGAGAGAGAAUGGCUAUAUGCUAAAAACGCCAGACCUCAUCAUCGCGACGCCUGUCGACUCGCUAUUUCUGAUGCUUCCUGCUUUAUGGUCUGCCGGCAAAUCAGGAGCAGGCGAGGAGUGGGCGACGUUCUACGACAGGCUCUUCUCGGACGAGAAUAAUGGCUAUAUGCAUCUAAGACAGAUUUUCCGGUCUGAAGCUGGGAACGAUCUAGAAAUAAGGAUGGAGGGGAGGAUGGGAGCUGUCUGCGACAAUCUGGACAUGGGGGAGGACAAGCUGUACAAGCUGAACAUUGACAAGCUUGCUGCUGUCUUGCUGCAGAAAGCCAAGAGGAUGGUAGAAGUUGGCCUGCCGGUAAGCAUGGAAGAGCACUUUGUAAGGAUUCCACUAGAAGUGCCCGAGAUCAGCUUGAGGCGAGAGGAUAGCAGCAUCAGCAUGGUGGAAGAGGCAGAUGCCGCCGAAGGUGCAGGUCCGCAGAAGAAAGCACAUCAGGCCAACCAAGAGCUUGCACAUCUUCUGCGCAUCCGUACAGCUCUCAAAUACCUCUGCACGAACUACAUCCCACCAACCUUUGCACCCAGACUCCUGGCUAUCAUCUUCGACACUUCCGAGCCACAGGCCAUCGAUUUCGCACCUCUAGACACCCAUCUCGCUUCCAUUACGAAGCUCAAAUCUGAAGCACAAGCUCUGCGCUCGAUCAGCGACAACAUCAGCCGAAAACGAGCUGGCGGUCAGGACGAAGAAGGUCUGGAGAAAGCAGAAACCAAGAGGAGAAAGAAGGAAGAGGAGGAGAGGAAUAAGAAGAAUGUUAGUCAGGGGGUCAAAAAGCUUGCGAAGGCUGAUACGUCUGGGAUGAAGAAGUUGAGCUCGUUCUUUGCGAAGGGUGCGGUGGCGAAGAAGGGGUGA